CGGGCUGGGUUUGGCUCGGCGGGGCUGAAAGGACAGCGCGCUCUGGCCCUGUUCUCCCUCCUCCGCCAAGUGGGAGGCUCCGCGGGGCGGGGCCAGAAGCCUGCGAGUUUGACGUUUGCGAAUCCACAUGGUACAGCUCUUCAGAGGCAGGGAGAUGGAAUAAUAAGACUGUGGAUUUGAACUAAUGCCAUUGCACUGACUCAUUCAGGGAGAGUAAAGGAGCUCCGAGAACAAGGAUACUAGAGAGAGAGAGAGAGGAGAGGGAGGGGGAAAGGAGGGGGAAAGAAAGAUCGCUUUUAUGGCCGAGAAGGGCAGCAUCAAGGGUUAAGGGAUCAAUAAUUCGGGGGAGUAUUUUUAAGCAGCAACAACUAACGAUCAGGAGCCUCCGAUCCCGGGCUGAGUCAUCCAUCCAGUCCAGUUGGAGCAGGAAGCUGGCACUUUUCUGUAGGGCUUAAUUAUACAGGAGGUUUAGAUGCUCCUGAUUUAAAAACUACAGGGCGACCGCGGCUUUGAAAGCAGUAGGGAGAUCUCCACAGGAAGUUGGAAGGAAGGCAAACGAGAUACAUCAAGCUUUCUCUUCUGUAGAAAUAAAAGUCGCAUUUGGAAAACUAUUUUUUUAAUAAGUAUAUUGUUUUGAUUCUCGCGUGAGAGGCAAUGAUUUGCCUUUAGAGCGCGUGCAUUUUUUUCCCUUCUGCACUGUAUGCGGAGGUUUUUUUGGAUUUAUUUUUUAAUUCCCACAGUUGCUGUCGCAAGAAACAAAAAACCAGGAAAGGACUUAUUUUUCAUUGCUUAAAAUAGAGAAAAGGGAGGGGGGAGCAACACCCUGCCAGAUCCACUUGAGUGCAUUUGGAAAAUCCUAAGGCAGUAAAUAAAAAGAUCGGAAGCGAACAAGACAGGGAGGGCUGAGGAACAAAACAAACAAACAGCGUGCACGGUUUUGUUUUUUUAAGAUUUCAAAGUUUAUUUCUCACCUCGGACAAUGUACCAGGAUUUCCCAGGGAACUUUGAUACCUCCUCCCGGGGCAGCAGCGGUUCUCCAGGCCACCCGGAAACUUACAACAGCAUCACAGCUCAACAGAAAUUCCGGGUAGAUAUGCCAGGAUCGAGCAACGCUUUUAUUCCUACCCUGAACGCCAUCACCACCAGCCAAGACUUGCAGUGGAUGGUGCAGCCCACUGUCAUCACCUCCAUGCCAAGUGCCUACUCUCGCUCGCAUCCCUACAGCCAUGGCCUGCCAAAUCUGUCCUCGGUUACUGGACACACAGCUCUUCAGAGACCGGGUGUCAUUAAAACCAUUGGGACCACGGUGGGCAGGAGGAGGAGAGAUGAGCAGUUGUCGCCUGAGGAAGAAGAGAAGAGAAGGAUCAGGAGAGAGAGGAACAAACUAGCAGCUGCUAAAUGCCGUAACAGACGCCGAGAGCUGACUGAGAAACUUCAGGCAGAAACCGAGGAGCUGGAGGAAGAGAAGUCUGUGUUGCAGAAGGAGAUCGCCGAACUCGAGAAAGAGAAGGAGAAGCUGAGGUUCAUGCUGAUGGCUCACAGCCCCAUGUGCAAGAUCAGCCCUGAGGAACGCCGAACCCCGCCAUCUCACAGCCUCCAGACCGUCCGGACUGGAGUGAGCAAUGCUGUAGUGGUGAAGCAGGAGCCCGUCGAAGAAGAGAUCCCCUCCUCAUCCUCUGACCUCGAGAAAGGGCAGAGAUCAGUCAUUAAACCUAUCAGCAUCGUCGGGGGCUUUUACGGGGAAGAGCCGCUCAACACUCCCAUUGUGGUGACCUCGACACCCGCCAUCACCCCCGGAGCAUCCAGCUUGGUCUUCACCUACCCCAGCGUGCUAGACCAGGAGUCUCCUCUCUCCCCCUCGGAGUCUUGCUCCAAAGCUCACCGGAGGAGCAGCAGCAGCGGCGACCAGUCCUCGGAUUCCUUGAACUCCCCCACUCUGCUGGCACUGUAACCCCUUUUCCCUUUUGCCCCCCACCCCACCCCACUCAGUUACUCUGGAGGGGGAAACCCCGCCUUUGAGAUCAAAAGACCAGCACAAUGACUUUUUUCUUUUUUCCCACCAAGCACAAGGGCGGCAAAAGCAAGAAGAGGAAAAUAGAAACUUCCUGGGACGGGAAGAACCAGAACAAACGUAAAGCCAUAUAGGAGUGGGGUGGGGAAGCAGAAGUCGCAUUACUGGGACCCAAGUGCUUAGACUACAUGGUGUGUGCAUGUGUAGAAGUGGGUGGGAGAGCCAAACUCCCCAUCCAACGUUUAGUGCGAACGGAUGUGAGCUUCAGUAAAUCGCUAGCCCGUUCGCCUGUCAUUGCUGAUGAAUGGACUGGCGAAACCAGGUUCUCUUCUGUGCUAAGUAGUACAUUCCAGUUAGUUUGAUCUCAUUUGGGCCUUCACCUUUUUACUUUCUAUUGGAUACCAUGACAUUUCGAAAACUCUAACAAAACAAAAAAAAAGGCUUGUGGCAAUUGUCAUUAAACCGCUGCUGAUGUUAGGAUCUGCCUACACGGGAUUCUUGCUGUUGUUGGGUGAGGGGGUGGGCUUUUUGGAAUAUAUGGUGCAGAGCCGAGAGAGGAAAAAAAUAACAGGU